AUGAAUGAUUUAGACUUGAAUACUGUGUGGGAUAAUAUUAAGAAAGGUUUGGUGGAUGCAGCCACCAAAGUAUGUGGUGUAAGUAAGAGAACAAAUGAAAGGAAAAGGAAUACGUUGUGGUGGGAAGAUGAGGUACGGGUGGAAGUUGAAUCAAAGAAGAAAGCAUGGUUAGAUUUACUAGCAACUAAAGUUGGUAAUUCUGGUGGUAUGAAUGAUGAGAUUGAACGAAAAAAGGCAGAAUUUAGACGUCUAAAUAAGAGAGUAAAAGAAGUAGUUGAAAGGAAAAAGAAAGAAAGAACGGAUAAGAAUGAUAGAAGAAUAUCUGAUAAUUUCCAGGCUAAUAUAAAAAUGUUCUGGAAACUCGUAAGAACUGCCAGAGGAAAUACAAAGCAGCCUAUAAUUAAUGCUGUAAAGAGACGAGAAUGGAUGUAUUCUGAAUGA